AUGGAUCUGAAGGACAGCACCAGCGAGGGCAGCAUGGGCAGCCUGCAGCCUUCCAGCAUCCAGAUUUUUGCCAAUACCUCCACGCUCCACGGGAUCCGUCACGUCUUUGUCUAUGGGCCAGUCACCAUCCGUCGCCUGCUCUGGACCUUGGCCUUUGUGGGCUCUCUGGGUCUUCUCCUGGUUGAGAGUUCAGACCGGGUGGCUUUCUACUUCUCCUACCAGCAUGUGACCAAAGUGGACGAGGUCGUGGCGAACAGCCUGGUCUUCCCUGCUGUCACCAUCUGUAACCUCAAUGAGUUUCGCUUUUCCCGGCUCACCACCAACGACCUGUACCACGCUGGAGAGCUCCUGGCUCUGCUUGAUGUCAACCUGCAGAUCCCCAACCCUCAUCUGGCUGACCCGGCUGUCUUAGCCAUCCUCCAAGAAAAGGCCAACUUUAAGCAGUAUAAACCAAAAGUUUUCAACAUGCAGGAGUUCCUGGCGCGAGUUGGCCAUGACCUGAAGGAUAUGAUGUUGUACUGCAAAUUCAAAGGCCAAGAAUGCAACCAUGAGGACUUCAAAACUGUGAGUAUGAGCAGACACUCUUCUUUUAUCUUCUCUGGGUAUGCGGACAGUGGUGGUGUUGCAGGACCAGGACAGCAUUGGAAGUCACUGGCCAACCUGUGUGGGCACGGUGCCAUGAGUGAAUGGUGUCUGCUAGGCUCUGGCUCAGCAGAGGAGAAGGAGGCAGCCUGA